AUGAAGCCAAUCGACGAAAAGAAGGACAAAGUAACGAUUCGAGCCGUUACCCGCAACGAGGAAGGGAAGAAACAUGUCGAAAAAGCCGAAAUCGAAUCUCACAACAUCGACACCAUCAAGUACAUCGAGAAAAAACUCAUCGACAAAGGAGUUCAGCGGCUCGAACGCCAUCCGGUUCACGGCCACACCGGAAUCGCCCAGCCGCCUCCCAAGUCCGGUCGCGGCGGCAAGUUCACUUGGGAAGGACCUGGCGAUGCGAUUGAGAAUGAACUCUCGCCCGCUCCGGCUGCCAUUGAUGAGAAGGAUCCGAACUAUGUGGAUGAAGUGAAGGAGGAGGAGGAGGUUGCUGGAUUGGUGGUCGAAGAAGUGGAGGUGCCGGCGGCGGUGGCGGAGGGAGUUUCGAGAGUGGAGGUUGAUCCUCAGCUUCAAUUGCAAUGA